UAGGCUGUAUUCUGUGCACACGGCCACAUGGACAGGGAGCGUGCGUGAUUAUGACUUGCGACUUGCUGGCAACACGGGAAACGCUUUGGAUUUGAGACAUUGGGCUAACGUUUCGUUACGAGGUCUCGUUUGCCCUAAAUAAUUAGCGUUCUUCUUUGCCUUGAACUUCUUUGUUCGUUUUCGUCCGUCGUCACUUUGGUAUUGCCCACGAGAAUGCUGUAAUUGUCUUAUUUACACAAGCAGUAGUGCUAGUGGUGAAGUGGAGAGGAGUGCUGCGCGAAACGCCCAGCCAUGGCUACCACCCUUCGAAAAACCCUUUUCAACUCGGUGAGAGCUGGUUCUGGCGCGCAGUCGGCCGAUAGAGGGAAAGAAAUUAACACCCAGCAGGUAUCUUCCAUUGCUGAUGAAGACUUCAGCGGCAAAGGCGUGGACUUGAACGUCAAGUACUAUGGCCGCACUGAGAUGUCGAAGCCCCGCGGUGACAAGUUGGCACAUAAUGCAAUGCACGAACUGAAGCAUCAGUUGGCAGCUACCUCUGGUCACAAGCAGCGCGUCACGAUGAACCUCAGCAUGUUUGGAGUGGCACUGUUCGACGACAAACGCUCGAAAGAGAUUGCACGGCAUGCGGUCAAGGCAAUCUCAUUCAUGACCAUCGACCCGGAUGAUACAAAGGUGUUUGCCUAUAUCGCUGCCGAGGGGCCAAAUGAGCAGAAUCCAACGCGAAUCUUUCGCCUUUACUGCUUCAAGUCUGAAAAACAGACUCCGCUCAUCACCAAGAGCCUGAUGCGCGUGUUCAAGCUGGCGCAGGCGGAGAAGGAGCGGAAGGGAGGAUCCGUGAAGGACCGCGGUGGCUCACAACUGUCAAGAAAAGGAACCACCAAAAACUCGGACGCGGAAUACGGCACGUCGACCGCUAGCAGUGCUAGCACUCCGGCACACACAUUCUCACCAGCAUCGCCCGCUAAGCCGCGCAACGAGCAGGGCCGUAAAGCCAUGCUCGCCUCUGCACCCAACCUCAUAGCCUCACCGUCUAAAAGCAGACCAGCCGCUGUGCGCUACUCGCCAGAGAUGAAGUCCACGCAGUCGUCCUCCAGUUCUUCGCUAUCACCGUCCUCGUCCAUCAGUAGGAAACCUCGCAGUUCUAGCGAGGCUCAGCUCCAUUCUGCUGCAACACCCACACUAUCAGUACAGCGGCCACGGCGCCGUGCGUCCGGCUCCUCCGGCAAUUCACUGCCAGGAACAGCGGACAGGCGCAUGACCUUGCAGGAGCUGAGUGUGAGCGCGAAUGACGUCCGCGACACGGAUAGCGUUGCUGCCGCUGCCACCGUGUGCUCCACCGACGGUGUCGUGCGACCACAGAGCUGUGAUAUGAAGCCGGCCAGUGCUAGUGUGGAGCGCCCUCGUAGCUGCGAUGCUCGGGCCAGAAGCCAGGAUUUGCUGAACACCAGCGUAGGAAGUGACCUGAUGUCGUUCAAGCCUGGCAGACCGGUGGAAGAAGCUGCGACAUCAGCGUCCGAACCUGUGACGUACUUCCCACUGAACGUAGUGCUGAGCAGCCCUGAGUCAGAGCGACCCGUGGCUACACGGAAUGACACUGGUUCGAAUGACUUGCUAAACCCAUGUGAUCUGUUUGCCACGCCUAACACUCUCAACUUGCUUGGUGAUAUUCUACCGCCAUCACCAGCACAGACGGCGGGUAGUUACCUUGCUGCUUCUAAUGUCCCUGGUACUUCAGCGGCCUCACAGCACAAUCACCUUCAAGGCACUCUGUCAGGUCAUAGCUUGGCCUCGGUUUCGUCAGCGCACGAUCGAUCAUUGCCGUUAUCAGCCACAGGCAGCAGCGAGUCUCCUAGCCCCAUCCUGGGCUCGCACAGCUACCGAUCGCGCGCACGACCAGCUUCGCUCGCACACCGUCUUCUCUCGCCGUCAACGUCAGCAUCUCGCACUGUGUCCUCUUCCCCCGCUGUGUCCUCGUCUCCCGCAGUGACGCCGGCGUCACUUACAGAGAGCCCCAUGCUCGGGCAGAUGGAAAGUCCGUUCGGCAGCACGGCAUCGGUGCCCAUCCAGUCGCAAUGGGCCGUGUUUAAAGAGAACGCCGUCAAGGCUGGCUCCUGUGGCAAUCUAUUGGAUAACUUCACAAGCCAGCCCCUACCGCCAUUGCCACCACCGGGCGAGGCGAAACCGACCGAUGAGUCACCAUACGCCACUCUGUCGUCCACUGUAUCGCCCACGUUGGCCAAGACGCCCAGUAACCGCAACAGCCUGGCUCUGAUCGAUUUCAAUAUGGCCCAGGUGGAGCCUGCGGAGACAACGGCAGCACCUCCCGUGACGGAGGAGCAGGCGGCGCCAUCCGCAAAUCUCGACGCAGGAGACAGCACCUAUGCGACAAUAAACCGAGGGUCCAAGAGUAAUUUCACGCUGGCGCAGUUUGGUCUCAUCCUUGCUUCUAUAAGCGACACGACUGCGCUUCCAGCACCCAUCGGAGCACCGUUCAUGGACGUCGCAAGCAACCCGUUUGAAGAGAGAAAGGUCGAGGUACGCUCCGAGAUACCAGCGUCCACGUCGGGCCAAACCGUCCGCGCCUCGACCAUCAUGACGUUCGAUCCCGUCUUCGGCACGACCGGCGGUGAGCAACAGCCCUCUGCUGACGGCUUUGAGACCGACUUUGCAUCAUUGGGGGCUGAUCCCGCCGCUGCGGCCGAUCCAGAUUCACAGGUUUAUGCCGUGCCUCGCUUCCCACCCAUCCGUGCCGUCCUGGGAGAUGAUGAAUGCGACACUGGGAGGGACUCUGGUGCUUUGUUUAGUUGAUUUCCACUUUCCAUAUGAUCACCAUCGUGAUACAAGUGUUGUAUCUGAAUACUAAUUAAUAUACUGACACCUCAACGCGAUGCUUCGCCGUCCCAAAAUUAAUCACACUCUGCUGAGUGGAAUGGACUAUGAUUCGUGGCAGCGCGCGCCUAUGUUGCUGGUUUCACAACGUGAUGAGCCACGAUGGCGCAAGCAGCGCUUUCCUUUCCCACGCAUUGGGAGCCGUUGCGCUGACUCUGAUCACAGUACGGACGGUGUCUUCCACAUGCCUGUUAUGCUCUCCAGAGAGCAUGUAGCUGCGUGUUGUAAGUUGUAACACUUGGUUAAACUUGAUCAUGUACACAUCCUAGCUGACAGUAUAGUACCUGCAAACAGAGGGCCAUUGCAGAGGCCAUUUAUGCUCCUAACCGAGUCAUGCAUCUUAUACUUAUUUCAAUUGUUGCUUGUGCUGGACAGUACAUGAAACCCUAUGAUACGCUGACGCACACGCUGCUGCGUCUGCACAGCAAUAUCCCCAAACAGUAGCGAUACGUUUGGCACCGAAUUGACCAGAAACUGUCAUCGCCACGACGACAGGCCAUUCGCUAGUCACAGAUGAUAAUGCUUACACUCUCAACUACGAGUACAAUAAGUACAAUGUUAACAGGCAGCGCUGGGCGCCACCUGCAGUGGGUUGUAAUAUAUCAACGCAGUUCUAGAAUAGGCUCCGGUCUUACAUAACUAUACUUGAAGAUUUUCUCACAGUGAGCUCUCAGAUUGUAUCAUGCAGUGACGCUAUUGUAUCAUGCGGUGACGCUAUUCGCUUUUUUUUAGUUCGCACUUGCAUUCAAAACGUGCACUGGCGGGUACAUGCGUGUGUCGGCCAUGUUUACAACAUGGAUUCGUACACAAUCAUGCCCCGCCUAGCCUCCCUCAUGCAUCAGCCUGUGAUAUCGCGCUGUCUAGCGUGUUCCGUGUUAUUAUCUAUUUUAUGUUCUGCAGUGUUUUUGUUGCUGUGGUCCUGGAUAUACGUAUUCUUUGUUCUCUACAAAAGCGUUCAUGUCUUA